AUGGAGUUGCCCUCAGAUGAUGAGCAGGGGCCGGAGAUCCAUGCAGGCCCAAAUCUCCUAGAGAUGACCCACAAGGCCAUCCCGGAUCCUCCUCUCAAGACCCCAGCUCGAAAGCGCCUUGAGUUUUUGGAGGAUGCGUGCUCCAUCUGUGCAGAGUUCAGUGCCAGGUGCAGGCGAGCAACAGCAGAGUUGGAGCGGUCCAAGCUGGAAGACAACCAGCGCCAGCAUUUAACCAACGUCCAGCAAUAUCGCCUCAUUCAGAAUCGAUUGAAUAUUUUGAGCAAAACAGAGGGUUCCAACAUCUUGAAGAUUGACAUCGACGGCCUAGACCAGAACAAAACACGGUUUCCCAGGAACCUUGACAGUAGCAAAACUCUAGCUGCUGCAUGGCGCCCACAGCUGCACUGUGUGGGUGUUAUCGUGUGGGGCGUGCUGGAAGGAUAUCUGCUCCUUGAGCCUGAUAUUGCCAACAACUCCUCAGCGGAGGUGACAGUGCUGCUCAAAGCAAUUGAUUGGGCUGAGGAGGAGUUGGCCCGUCAAGGGAAAUCGCUUCCUGAGCAUUUGAUCCUGGAGGAUUUUGUUCAAGUGAUCCUGGAGAACGUGAAGCCGGCCCGAGGGCGCAAGCUGAAGGCUGAACUCCUUCCAGGGACAUUGGACUUCAAGAGCUAUGUGUCCCAGCUUGGGGUUGAAGUUGCAGGUUUAGUGAACACUUACCAUGAUGUGGCUGAUCCCAACCACUGUUGGCGCUUCAUUCGCCGCAGUGACCUUCCAGUCUAUGAUGAUGCCACUGAUGAGUCUUGGGUGCCUGUGGAAAUCCCAGGUAAAGACUACCCACACGAUGCUAGUGACUGUGUCCUGCUGGUGAAGCACCUGGUGAAUUCCCCAUCACUCUCACAAUCUCCCUUGGUUCUCCUUCCUGCUAGCUUCCAGAAAUUGCUCAAGAAGCCACUUGAAGCAUUACCACGAAAGCUGGUGGCAGAUCGUGCAAGAAAGGAGUGGGAGAAGUUUGCACCGGGCCCUGUGAAGAAGGUCACUGUCACGCAGGGCAACCAUGCUGAUGCAGUGCCCAAGAAAAGGGGACGCCCCAGAAAGAAACCUGAGCCUGUUGUGGGUGAGAAGCCUGAGGGUGAGAUUCUAAAUGAGCCAGCCAAGAAAGCCAAGACUUCCAGGGCUGCAGCUAUCAAGGCACAGGGUGAGGGUGAGAUCGUUUUUGGGCCCUCCUCCAGGAAGCGGGGCACUGUGGUGCCACCAGCCCCUGCAGAUCCAUGCCCUAUCAUUGGUGAUGGUAUGGGCUCCAACGCUAGGGAUGGUAUGCCCCCUUGGCCUACCAGAGCCACUUUUGCAGGGAGGAAGAAGCCCACUGACACUGAGUCAGCAAAGUUGUUUGAUUCCCGCCGUGAGAAGUUCUACCAAUUGGCCCCAAGUACCCUUUGGCGAGAUGGCAAAGAAAGGGUCUACUGGAAGCUAUGUGUAGAACAUGAAUCGGCUGAGAAGGGGAUUGAAGAGUUCCUGAAAAAGGAAAAUGCUUGUCCUGAUGCCUCCUCCCAUGGUCCAGCGGCUUCCCGCGGUCGAGUGGCUGGCCGUGGAAAGGGAGGUGGAAAAUGCAAAGCAGCGAAGCCCAAUGCCAAGGAGCCUGGCAGGAAGCGUGCUCGUGGCAAGGCAAGUCUGAAGAACUAG